CCCACCUUUUUUCUCUCUUAAUUCAUCCGAAUUUUGACAGCCAAUGGCAAAAGUGACCUGACAGCUCCACCCAAGUGAAUAAAAACUAAAAGGAAAUGACUAGGUAGCCAUUUUCUGAGCAAGUUUUGCGAUUACACAUUUGACUGUUGCAGUCCUCUUAUCACCCAGCUCCAGCUCUUUAGUCUGGGAAGUAUCUGUUGAUUUGCAGCGACACCAUUGGUCCGAUGGGGGUGUGGACCAAAACAGCCUAUCUGCUUUAUUCAACUCAGAUACGCUGCCAGUACUGCUCGUAAUCAUCAACAGCCUCUCAAGAUGUUGGUUAAAUCACUAUCUUUGGCGCUGAAUUUCCCAGCAAGAUAUUCUCUAUUCAAACAUUUGUUUUCCACCUCAGGUUCGUCAUUUAAACAAAAGGUUCUUAGAAUUGGUGCUGUUGGACAUGCGCAUGAAGCCUGGAAAGAUCUUUCUUCUCAAGCUGAUGUACUCCAGUUGCCAUUGAUCACUGAGAAAUACCAUAGAAAGGAGUUUUUAAAUGACUUGUUGAACAACCCAGAGUUCAAGGAUAUUUCAAUCAUAACAAGAACACUUGACACGAAACGUCAACUAGGACAGUUUGACGAGGAGUUGUUAUCGCAUUUGCCAUCCACUGUCAAAGCCAUUGUCCAUAAUGGUGCAGGAUAUGAUCAAAUUGAUAUCAAGCCAUUCUCGCAGAGAAAUAUCCAAGUUUCCAAUGUUCCAAACUUAGUUAAUGAUUCCACUGCAAACACCCAUAUUUUUCUUUUGUUAUCGGCAAUGAGAAAUUUUCAAAUUGGGCAUCAUAAAUUGAUCAACAAUAAAUGGGCUAAAGUUAAUGGGGCGCCAACUGCCAACACUCCCAUUGGAUUUGAUCCAGAAGGUCUAACAGUUGGAAUUCUAGGUAAUGGGGGAAUUGGAAGAGCUGUUCGUGAUAGGUUGAUCCCCUUUGGAUUCAAAAAAAUACUAUAUUACAAUCGCAACAGAUUGGCUCCAGAUUUAGAGAAAGAUUCUAUCUAUGCUUCUUUUGAUGAACUAUUAAAGAAUUCUGACAUAAUUUCUGUUAAUUUGCCUUUAAACUCAAAAACUUUUCACAUUAUAAAUAAAGAAACAAUUUCAAAAAUGAAGGAUAAUGUUAUUAUCAUUAAUACCGCUAGGGGUCCGGUUAUUGAUGAAAUAUCUUUGAUUGAAGGAUUGAAAAAUGGCAAGAUUUAUAGCUGUGGGUUGGACGUAUUUGAAAAUGAGCCAUUAAAUGUAAAUAAGGAGUUGCUUUCACUACCAAAUGUUGUGUCAAUUCCUCAUAUGGGAACACAUACUUUCCAAACAAUGAAAAAAAUGGAAGAGUUUGUCGUUGAUAAUGUAAAAGCAUUUCUCAAAUCUGGCAAAUUAAACGCACUUGUUCCUGAACAAAAAGACUUGAAAUUCUAAAAUAUACUAAACAAGGCUGAAAAAUCUGAUUGCAACUACUUUAAUGGUGCUCUGUUUGCAUAAAAACAAGAUAUAGGUUAAACAAAUACCAAAUAUAUACGAAAUACAUAAUUUUACAAGUUAAUUAUGAAAAUAAAUCUUUCUUGUCACCAGCGAGACCAAUAAUAAACUUGCAAAAGUUUACAAAAGUUUUAUUUCAAUCAAAGCAAUAGUGGCUUAAUCCACUCAUCACUUAUUAAUCCUGAGACUACUACAAAUACAUCUUGAUUGAAUCCUGUACUAAUAAACAACACCAAUCUUAUUGAAUGGAGAAAAUUCAAGGACUAUUCAACAAGGGCUUGAAAAGUCGAUGAAACAAGUGGC